AUGGCAUAUUGUAUUGAUGUGAUCAGCUGUGUAAUUGCUAUUAUUGUUCUUGUUAAAUCAGUGAACAUUGAUUUUAAUCCAUUAUUUCAUGACAAUUGUGCUGAUUACAAUCAUAAGGAUUUCACAUGCACUGUCCGUUCAGUAAAAUGCGAUGAUAGAAAUAUAACAAUCAACGAAAACAACGAUAAUAUUAGCAGGGUAACCAAUACAACGAUAACAUAUGCGCAUGACAUUCGAGUGGAACCAUUUGCCCGUGUUGUUACCCGUUAUGCUCAGCAAACUUAUCAAUUAUCUGUUGAUAUCUCAUGGCAAUUACCACCAAAUAAUUUUACAUCAUUGCUAUUAGGAUUUAUAUUGGAAAUUAAGGAUGCCUCAUCAAAUCGGUCAUGCUUUUAUUUUGAUAUUCCAAAUUCUAAUUGGAACAGUAAUUUAAUUGCUAACGUGCCUCGAUUUCAUUUUGCUUCCGAAAGUUUAUUUGAAUUUGACGAAACUUAUGAUAUUAAAUUGAUAAGUUUAUCGAAGAGAAAAGAUCAUACAAGAAUUCUUCGAAAGCAUGUUCUGAUGCCUCAUCAUCCCGAUUAUUACAAUGAUACAAUAACUGAACACGAUUGUAAACGAACAUCAAAUUUGCAAGCAUCACGAUGGACUGGCGGAUUUCGACGUAUUUUAGUGCAUCCAUUAGCACGGACAAUUCAAGUUGAAUUUGUUGGCGCACCACCUCAUUACUGUUUCGAAGGUUAUGAAGUACGAUUGAAGGAUGAAAGUGGCCUAGAGUUACUUCAUAGUGCAGUGGUACCAGUUGAAUUGAUGUAUAUGGAAUACUUUGGUAAUCAAACUAUCCUUUUUGGCCAGUAUAAUUUUACCGAUUUAGAGGUUGAUCAAUAUUUCAUGCCAUCUGUUAUACCGAUCGAGCGUUCUCGUGAUGGUCGUUGUCUUUGUCCGGUAUUAAGCACUAGUCCGUUUGAUAAUCGAAUGGUAUGCUCCUGUAUUGCUGCCGAUUGGCAUAAAGUUCGAAUUCAAAGAGUGAAAAAACCAUUGAUUAUUGUACCAGGAUUGGAACAAAAUGCUACUUUAAUUUUUCGUGCUAAACAGAGUGCUUCCGGAUAUAUAUGGACAAUAAUAUUGGUAUCAAUGCUUUUGAUUAUAAGUUUGAUGAUAUUUUUUCUACUUUAUGUUUUAUACUUAUAUCACGUUCGCCGUCGAUUAGCUAGUAAAGCAAUACGACUACGAUUUGUAACAGAUCGACCACAUUCAACAACCCUGCCAAUAUCAUCCAAUAUUCAUACACCUUUAAUUCGUAUUGCACGACUUAAUAUUUUACUAAUUUAUUCGCAUGAUAGUUUAUUACAUGAUAAAUGUGUUUUAUUCUUUGCGGAAUAUUUGCGCAACGUAUUUAAUUUCGAUGUCCAUUUGGAUGUUUGGGAUAUAACUGAAAUUGAGCGCAACCUUCUGGAUUAUAUCACUGUGUCAAUUUUGAAUGCUGAUAAAGUGAUUAUUAUCAAUUCUGAGGGAGCAUAUUACCAUUAUCGAUGUAAGAUACAACACGAAUAUCGCAUUGAACGGAAAGAUCCAGAACCACUUGAUGGUUUAUUCGACAAGCAAAUUGAUCAAGCAUUACUGCAUUCAUCAGUAAUAUCAGUUCGAUUCAAAUAUACGUUACCUUUAUUCGUUGUACCACCAUUAAGCUGCUCAUUACAAUAUAUUAUUCCCGACAGUACUGCCGCAUUAAUUUCUAAUUUAAUCAAUUCUGAUACUAAAAAUGAUUUACGAAUUACUGAAUAUAAUUCAGUAUACGCAAAAUUAAUAGACGUUGUUACGGAAACGUCAAAAAUAUUGGAAAAUGAUUCAAACUGGUUCAUUAACACUCAUUGGCGUGUAGCACGAUCAGUAGCUAUUGAUAAACAAAAUCAAAUUUCAAUCUCACAUAGCACGGAUAAACUUAUUGAGGAAUCCGAGAAUAAUGAUGAGAGAAAGCUAUCAAUAUUGACCCAGUCAAAAAUAUUCUCUGAAUUACCGGAUGACGGUAACGGGAGUGUAGCAGUCGCUUCCUCUGAAAUACUUCCGGAAUCAGAAAACUUAGCAGAUGUUAUACAAAUUCAAAUUACUGCAACCGACAAUAAUGUCAAUGAAGCGCAUAACAUAACAGAUCAAUUUGAUCAGUCAAAUAAUUUUCCGAUCACUGAUGGUAGUAAUUUGUCUAAGAAAGAAAUUAGCAGUGAUGGACAUGAUUCCGGUUUCAUUUCUGGAAAAGACAUUACAAAUACCUAA